AUGAAAAAACACAUAAACAAAAAUGAAUAUAAAAAUGAAAUCGAAAAUGUUGGUAAUGACUUUAACCAUUUAGAUAAUUUUGAAAAUUAUGAUGACGAUGAUGAUGAAGAUUUUUACUAUAACCCAAGUAAAGAAUUCACAAAUAUAAAAAAUAAUAGUAAUAAUAAUAAAGAUAAUGAAAAUUAUGAUAAAAAAAAAGAAGAAGAAAAUAAAGAAAAUGAAAUUGAAGAAGAGGAAUAUAAUAAUGAUGAUGAAGAAGUAGAUAAACCACUGAAAUUAAUAUGUGAAGAUUCAACAUGUUCAAUUUGUCUUUCUCCAUUUGAAAAUCUUACAUUUUUAGAUAUUUGUUUUCACCAAUUUUGUUUUGUUUGUAUAUUACAAUGGUCAGAAUUAAAUCAAAGAUGUCCACUUUGUAAAAGUGAAUAUCAUUCUUUAAUUUAUCAAGUUAAAUCAAAUACAGAUUAUCAAAGAUUUAUUAUUCAAAAUAAAAGACAAACUACUACAACUACUACAACUACUACAAAUAGUAAUACACAAAGAAGGCCACAACAACAACAGCAUCAUAAUGACUCAAAUCAUAUUUAUAAUAAUAAUAAUAAUAAUCAAAGAAGACAACAAGUAUAUUUACCAAACUUAUCAAUUACAGAACAACAUAAUGCAAGAAAAAGUAUUUAUUCAAGAAAUGUUAAGGCUAUACCAAUGGUACCACCAUUUAAAUUAUAUUUAGAUCCACAAUCGAUAAAUUCAAAUUUUAAAUCAUUUAAAACUAAAGUUCAACCAUGGAUUAAAAGAGAACUUCAAUCAAUUUUACAAACUUCUGAUACUGAAAUUUUAGAAGAUUUAAUUUUAGAACUCUUAAAAAAGUAUAAUAUUAUUCAUGAUUCAAAAAUUCAUGAAACUUUAGAGAAAUUCUUAUUUCAAAAAACUAAUCUCUUUAUUCAUGAAUUAAUUUGUUUUGCAACUUCACCCUAUAAUAUUAAAACUUAUGAUUCAAAAGUAAUUUAUGAUAAAAGACAAUCAUUAAUAACUGAUAUGAAUAAUUUAAACAAUAAUAAUAAUAAUAAUAAUAAUAAUAAUAAUAAUAAUAAUAAUAAUAAUAAUAAUAAUAAUAAUGAAAAUAAUAAUGAGAAUAAUAAUAAAAAUGGAAAUGAAGAAUCAAUGGAACCAUUGUCACAGAUUUUACAACAAACUAAUUCGCCAAUUAAACAUAUUCCAUCAUUCUUAUCGAAUAUAUUAACUGAAGAGAUUGAAAAACAAGAAUUAAUUGAAAAAGAAAGAAUAGAAAAUGAUAUUCAAUCAGAGAGAAAACGUAUAAUUCAAAUUGAUCAAGAGGAAAAUAUUAGAAAAAUUUUGAGAUUAAAAGAACCAAAUUGGAAUAAUUUUAAUGACUUAAAUUCUAUAUCUACUGAUCAGCUAGAAUAUGAAAUUUCAAAUUUAUCAGGUUAUAUUUAUAAUUUAAAAAAUUUUAAAAACAAUAAUAAUAAUAAUAAUAAUAAUAAUAAUAAUAAUAAUAAUAAUAAUAAUAAUAAUAAUAAUAAUAAUAAUAUAAAUAAUAGUAAUAAUAAUAAUAAUAAUAUAAAUAAUAGUAAUAAUAAUAAUAUUAAAAAAAAUAAUAAUAAAAAUAAUAAUAAUGAUGAUAAUAAUUAA